UUGUAGUUUUCUGUGCGUGUUUUUAAUUUAUUCGAUUCCUCUAAUGUAUUUCAACUGUUUUGGAUUGAAUUUUUACGUUUUUAGCUUUUGUUAUGCUUUUGUGGAAUUAUGAAGUGACUAGAAAUGUCUUGACCUUUGAGUAAAACGAAAUUAAAGAAUAUGAAGAACAAAAUGUACAUAUAUACACCGGGUUUGUUCUGGUGAAUCCCACAUAUAAAAAUUAUUUAAAUAUAUGACCUAAUCGCCCGAAAAGAUUAUUUGAACGUCAAUAAAGCGCAUUAGAAAAUAUAAAUUUUCUGUCUCAUAAAAAUCUCUCCGAAAAAGUCGAAAAUCAUGUGGAAAAUUAAAAACUGCACUACAGAUGGUACAUUCGACCUACUUUGUCACAAAAAAAGAGUAUGACGAAAUACCGAAUAACCGAAUUUGAGGUUAAGUCUGUUAUGUUUAGAACUUGACGUAGAUAAUAUUUUUUUUUGCAACAAUAUUGCUUGUCGCCGUACAUUAUUAGUUAUUAUAGAAAUAAUGGCCUGUAGAUUAAUACGUAGUUUAUCAGUCACGAAUCGUAUGAUGGGUUCAUUUAAAUACAAAUCGAAUACCAUGAGUCGCUCUUGUUGUACUACACCAACCGAUAAAGUGUUAACAAUACAAGAACUUUCGGUAAAUCUGGCGAAAAUUAUGGGGGUCGAAAAUGGUUUUUCCCCCAUCAGGGCCGAUCGAUCUCAUCUCAACGAAUACCUUCCUAAAAGUCAAAACGAACUACCUCCACGAGCCAUGAGGGAUAGUUUUCUAGUGGCUAUGAUACCCCUUUCGACAAGUACUCGGCUGCAAGACCGAUAUACGACUUUUUUGGGGUACGUCCGAGUCGGGCGUUUACUCGAAGACAUGGAUAUUUUUGCCGUUAUGGUGGCACAGAAACAUAUCCUCAACCCAAAAUUACCCGAAGGGGUACCCUCUCCUCAAACUCUAGUUACGGCAUUGGUGGAUAGAAUCGAUUUUAGCGACUUUGUCCCGAAACCCCAUGAGGAUAUCAAGAUUUCCGGCCAUGUGAGUUGGGUCGGGAGGUCUUCCAUGGAGGUGGUGGUGUGGCUAGAGCAGAAAAUGUACGGGACGUGGCAUAGAAUCACGAGGGCUUUGUUCUUGAUAGCUGCGAGAGAUCCGACCAAUACGAAAGCGGCAAUGGUCAAUGCGAUAGAGCCGGCGGAUGACCGAGAAAAGGCCAUACUUGCAGGGGGGGAAACCCGUAAAGCAAACCGAAUAGCCUUAGAGAAGCAACACGUGUUGAAAGUGAUCCCCGAUCAUGACGAACAGAGGAUCAUCCACGACUUAUACUUAAAAACCAAGUCCAAUAAAAAUCUAAGUUUUACCAAUAUGGUACUUCCUGCGAWUGGGGUCUGGAUGGAGGACUGUACCAUCUCCAAUACGAUUUUUUCCCAACCGGAAAACCGGAACCUCCACAAUACGGUUUUUGGAGGGUUUAUCAUGAGACAAGCCGCGGAACUCAGCUGGGUUCUAGGAUUUAAAUUUAGUAAAUACAGACCUAAGGUGAAGAGCAUAAGCGAUAUUAAGUUUAAUAAACCGAUAGCUGUGAAUUCUCUUAUUCAUAUGUAUGCCCACGUGGUUUUUACUCAGAUGCAAUUUAUCCAAAUUGUGGUCUAUGUGGAAGUUUUUGACCCACAGACUGGAAAUACUGACACCACGAAUGUUGUACACUUCACCUACGAAGUGCCUGAAAUUGUCAGAGAAGUGUAUCCUCGGACUUACCAAGAGGCCAUGAUGUAUAUCGAUGGAAGAAGACAUUUUUUCGAAAUUAUGAAGACACCACAUGACCAUGAUAAGGUUUUAAAAGAAGAAGGGAUUAACAAUAAAAGCAAGCUUUAAGAGGAUCGGGUUUUUGGAUAUUUAUUUUAAUUAUCAAUUCGCAAUAAUUAGGUCGCUUUAAAUUUCCUUUUCCAUAACAUGUGAUAUUAACAGUUUUAUUACUUCUAAGUAUAGCGUAAUAAAUGAACGUUGAACAUUCUUAAUCGAUGUUUCUCUUUUUGUUUUUAUUAAUUAAUUUAUUAUAAAUAAAUUUUUAUUUAUUAUAAAUAAAUAUAUCGGUGGUUAA